GCCGGCGCUGCGCGGGGAGGGAGAGCUGGGCAGCGCGCUGCAGGAGAGCGAUCCAGAUCCCUCGUUGCUCGCCGGUUUUGGCCGAGACCCCCUAAGUUCAUGUUGGAACCACUGAGAGAAUAUGUCAAGUGUGUGUUUCACAGCGGGCCCUUGGUGUUGGCUAAAUUUGUGGUUUUAAGAAAUCCUGAGAACCGGAGGGCAGUCCUGGGAGAAGCCCUUCCCGGGGGCACUCGGAACCUUCUGGUCCAGAGGAGAAGGCGUUCCCCUCACCUGGACUUAUGACCCGAGGCUUCGCUCCCAGUCUGCCCACUGAAUUCCACAAGAUGGGCUCCUUCCGCAGGCCCAGGCCGCGUUUCAUGAGCUCCCCAGUGCUCAGCGAUCUGCCCCGGUUCCAAGCAGCCCGGCAGGCUCUGCAGCUCAGCUCCAACUCGGCCUGGAACAGCGUUCAGACUGCCGUGAUCAAUGUCUUCAAAGGAGGUGGCUUGCAAAGCAACGAGCUCUAUGCACUGAAUGAAAACAUCAGGAGGCUGCUGAAGAGUGAACUUGGAUCAUUCAUUACGGACUAUUUCCAGAACCAGCUUCUUGCAAAAGGCCUGUUGUUCGUGGAGGAGAAGAUUAAGCUGUGUGAAGGUGAAAAUCGCAUUGAGGCUCUGGCUGAAAUGUGGGACCACUUCUUCACUGAGACUCUCCCCACCCUGCAGGCAAUAUUUUAUCCAGUUCAGGGCCAGGAGCUGACCAUCCGUCAAAUCUCCCUGCUGGGCUUCCGUGACCUGGUGCUGCUGAAGGUGAAGCUGGGGGAUGUGCUGCUGCUGGCCCGGUCCCCACCACCCCCGUCCAUCGUCCAGAUGCUGCUCAUCCUACAGAGUGUCCAUGAGCCCACGGGCCCCAGUGAGGGUUAUUUGCAGCUGGAGGAACUGGUGAAGCAAGUGGUGUCUCCCUUCCUGGGCAUCAGUGAGGACCGCGGUGUCUCGGGUCCCACGUACAUGGCGGCCAGACGCCACUCCAGGGUCCGGCCCAAGGUCGCGGUCCUGAGCUACGCCUGCCCGACGACUGCCCUCAGCCGGCCCCUGAAUGAGACAGCCCUGACCCCGCUGACGGAGCAGGAGGGGGAGGCCUAUCUGGAGAAGUGCGGCAGUGUGCGGCGGCACACGGUGGCCAACGCCCACUCGGACAUCCAGCUGCUGGCAAUGGCCACCAUGAUGCACUCGGGCCUGGGUGAAGAGCCUGGCGGGGAGGACCAGUGCCUGCUCCUGCCGGCCAGCUUCUCGCCCCCGCACCGACAGUGCUCCAGCGAGCCCAACAUCACCGACAGCCCCGAUGGCCUGGAGCAGGGGACCGCGGGCAGCCAGGAGGACUCCGAGCUGAACUGUGCUUCCCUCGGUUGAACGCCCAGCCCCAGGACUUCCCAGCUCCGGCCUGCCACUGGCAUGAGAACGGCUCCAUCCCUGGGGUCAGUGGGGAGGGGGCUCACCAAGGGGCUCCUCCUGGAGGCUGAGUCCAAGUGCCCCGGUCGUGAACCUCUCCAUGUUCAUGACUGUGACCCCCUCUCUGCAGCCACACAGACCCAACUGCCUGAUGCUUUCUUUCUGCUUGCUUGACUCCGGAUACUCCUCUCUGGGCUCUUCCACCAGAUUAGUGCUGUCGGCUGCUCCCGACCAUAUCGCCCAGGGCCCCUGGCAUCAUGACAGCAGGAGGUCGGAUGAGCCGCCCACGAAGCUGGCAAGGGUGCACUGGCCUCCGGAGCUCCCGUGUAGGGGCUUGUGAUGCGGGGCUCCUAGAGCGGUACCUCUCCUCCCCUGUUCUGCACGGAGCGAGAGCAGGCAACAGCUCCUGCCAAACAGGACGCUGGGAACGCGCCUUCCUUAUUACGCUUUUGGAAUUCCUGGGAAGAGUUGACCCCGGUGGGUGAGGGUCCUUCUCACUUGUAUCCAGAUGCUACAUGCCGCCUUUGGCUUUUGGUCCCAGGGGGCCACACGGCUGGAGAAACCCCCUCUUUGACAAAGCCUCAGCGCUCCCCUCUCCAGCCUCCUCCCAAGCACAAAGAACUAACCUCCCUGGUGGAGUAGCUGGUGCCUUUGUUCCUCUCUCAUUUCAGAAACUGACCAUUUUCCUGCUGUGGGGUGUGGGGCCAGUGGAUGCCAACCAAGUAGUCUGUUCCUGGAUUUGACUUGAAAUUUUUAAAUGUGCAUUGUUU